AUGGCAAUGUUGCCUCCCCCGGGACCUCAGAGCUUUGUCUUCUUCACAAAACAGUCUCUUGCCCUCAUUGAACAACGUAUUGCUGAAGGAAAAGCAAAGGAGCCCAAAGAAGAAAAGAAAGACGAUGACGAAGAAGGGCCAAAGCCAAGCAGUGACUUGGAAGCCGGCAAACAGCUGCCCUUCAUCUAUGGGGACAUUCCUCCGGGCAUGGUGUCAGAGCCUCUGGAGGACUUGGACCCUUACUAUGCAGACAAAAAAACUUUCAUAGUGUUGAACAAAGGGAAAGCAAUCUUCCGUUUCAAUGCCACACCUGCUUUGUACAUGCUGUCUCCUUUCAGUCCUCUCAGAAGAAUAUCUAUUAAGAUUUUAGUACAUGCAUAUCCUUUUUAA